AUGUUUUCUCGUCUGACGCCUUUAUGGGGUCGGUUCUUAUCCUCCGGGACUGCAGCUCCGCGGUCUGCAUUUAUGCCGGCUAGGGGCGUAGAGGCAGGUCGGAGGUAUUUCACCCGCAAUUCGUGUCUCAAUCAAUCGUCAUCGGCGGCACCAUUCAAUACGCCCCAGUCGCAAAAGCGUAAUGCGUCCACAAUGUAUUACACAAUCAGUAUAAUCCUCGGCACAGUUUCCCUCGCGUACGGCUCCGUCCCGCUAUAUAAGAUGAUAUGCCAACAAACCGGCUGGAAUGGCCAGCCCGUCCUUACACACCGUACAGGUGACGGCGACACAUCAUCCCGCGUCACGCCAGUGACUGACUCUCGUCGGCUGCGGAUUACAUUCAAUGGUUCGGUAUCAGAUGUACUACCUUGGAAAUUCACACCGCAGCAGCGCGAAGUCCGAGUCCUUCCCGGGGAGACGGCGCUUGCGUUUUACACGGCCACGAAUAAGGGUCCGACAGACAUUAUUGGGGUUGCAACAUAUAGUGUUACGCCGGGCCAGGUUGCGCCUUACUUCAGCAAGAUCCAGUGCUUUUGUUUCGAGGAGCAGAAACUGAAUGCUGGGGAAUCGGUCGAUAUGCCGGUGUUUUUCUUCAUUGAUCCAGACUUCGUAACGGAUCCGGCGAUGAAGGGGAUCGAUACGAUUACGCUUUCUUACACGUUUUUCAAGGCGCGAUAUGAUGACAAUGGUGUGCUCAAGGCCAUUCCGGGCAGCUAA